AAAAUGGAAGGAGCAUUUAAAAUUGAUCGUUGGUGGUCAAUCUAGGUACAUGCCUACAUAUUUUCAUGUCCAUUAAACCUCAUCCAAGCAUAAAAAUCAAGCAUAAACCCUUAAUUCCUAAAGCUUCACACACUCAGAAAUUCACAUAUCUGAGUCGACUUUCUGCGAGGAAGGCCAUGCAAGCUAGCUGAUUGAAUCCUAUCAAUGGCGGCAACAUCGUUGCCAAGAUUUAUAUCCCCAGACCAUGUUCUGAGGGUGCUGAAAGCAGAGAAAAACCCAAUGGCAGCUCUGGCCAUCUUCAACAACGCCACCCAACACACGAACUACAAAGCUAAUUACGCCAUCUAUCACAUGAUCAUAGACAAGCUCGGCAGCGCUCAAAAGCUCAACGAAAUGAGUGCAAUUCUCUUUCGAAUGCAGGCGGAGAAAUGCUUGUGCACGGAGGGCAUUUUUCUCGCUGUCUUCAAAGCCUUCGCGAAAGCCCGCAGAGCAGAACCCGCUGUCGAAAUCUUCAGAAACAUGGAGACCCACUUCAAUUGCACGCCAGGUAUUCGCUCUUACAACGCCCUCCUCAACGUGCUCAUUCAGUCCAACUCUCUCAAUUUAAUACCCCAGUUUUAUGCGUACUUGGAAACAGUUAAGAUAAACCCGAACUUGUUAACAUAUAAUCUUUUAAUCAAAGCACUCUGCAAACUAAAGCAAUUUGAAGAGGCACAAAGACUGUUGCUGUCUGAAAUGGAGGCCAAGGGUUGUAUGCCCAGUGCUGUGAGUUAUGGGACUCUCAUGAGUGAGCUCUGUAAGGAUGGGAAAGUUAACGAGGCUGUGGAAUUGUGGGAAUUGAUGGGGGAAAAUGGGUGUAGGGCUGAUGUUGUUUGCUAUAAUGUUUUGAUUGAUGGGUUUUCGAAGCGGGAUGAAUGUGAUGAGGCUUUGAGGAUAUGGGACAAGAUGCUUGAAGACCGGUGUGUGCCCAAUGUGGUGACUUAUAAUUCUUUGCUGAAUUGUCUUUAUAAGGAAGGUAGAUUUGAGCAGGCUAAAAAGAUUUGGCAGAGGAUGGAUCAGAAUGGGUGUAAGCCUGAUGUUUUUUCUUAUGGGACCAUGAUUUAUGGGCUUUGCAAGCAGGGUAAGGUUAGGGAAGCUGCAAAGAUUUGUUCUGGGAUGAUCCAGAGGGACUGUAAACCAGAUGUGGUGAUUUAUAAUACUUUGAUCAAUGGGUUUUGCAAGGAGGGUAUGGUGGAUGAGGCUGUCAGGGUCUGGAGGAAUAUGGUUGACAAUGAGUGUGGUGCAAGUGUCGUCACUUAUAAUGUAUUGAUCAGGGGACUGUGUAGUGGAGGGAAGGUAACAGAAGCAAUUGAGCUGUGGCAGGGUAUGGGUAAGAAAGGUGGUAAUAGCCCGGAUGUUAUUACUUAUGGGGUUUUGGUUGAGGGGCUGUGCAAAAAAGGAUAUGUUAAUGGAGCACUUGAAGUUUGGACUGAAAUGCAGAAGUUGGGGUGUGUUCCAAAUGUGGUUGCAUAUUGUUCUAUGAUAGAUGGGCUGUGUAAAAAAGAGAGGCUGGAAGAAGCUGCUGCAAUCUGGCAGCAGAUGGCUGAACACGGAUGUAAGCCAAACGCUCAAAUUUAUAACUCACUUAUAAAUGGUCUCUGUAAAGAAUCUAGAGUCAAGGAAGCGCUUUGUAUGUUUGGAAAAAUGAGGAAGGAAUGUGUUUCCACUGUGGCCACCUACAACACUCUUAUCAGUGGUCUCUGCAAAUUAGGAAAAGUUGGUGAGGCUGGUCGCCUGUUACAGAAGAUGCUGAAGGUAGGUUAUAGUCCAGACCGGAUUACAUUGAGCUCCUUAAUAGAUGGCCUUUGCAAAGCAGGAAGAAUUAAUGACUCAUUGAAUAUCUGGAACGAACUUAAACAAAGGCCACAGGAUCCAGAUAUAAUGCUUUAUAAUAUAAUUAUGCAUGCUCUUUGCAAUGUGGGCAAGGUACAAGAUGCCCUCAAGAUUUUGUCUGAUAUGAAAACUAGAAAUUGCUGUCCAACUAUUGUCACCUACAAUACGCUCUUAGAUGGUCUUUAUAAGAUGGGAGAGAUAGAGAAGGCUUAUGAUAUUUGGAAUGAGAUGGUUGAGAAAGGUUGUGGACCAAAUAUUGUCUCAUAUAAUACUUUGUUAAACAGUCUUUGCAAAAUUCAUAAACUUCAGGAAGCCACAGAGAUAUUAGAGGAGGUUCUCAGGAAGGGAUUCCUUCCAGAUAAUAUUACAUGGAACAUACUUGUUAGAGCAAUUUUCAAGCAAAAGAUUUGAAAAUAAUUAUGUUGAAUUCGUUGAAUGAAUGCCAUGCAUUAGUACUUUGAUGCCUGGUUUACUUGACUACCUAGCAUCCAAUGGAGGAAAUGCUUUCAAGUUGGGCGCACUGAAAGGAUGGCUUCCUCUAGAAACUCAACUGUUACUCUGAAGAGUACAGAGCUUUGUUUACCAAAUCGAAUACUUAUUUCUAUCUGAGGCAUGGUCAGCUAGUUUCAUAGAGAUCAAAUUGGCUGGUUUCCGUUCAUUAAAACUUGUGAAUAUGUUUACAAGAAAGUCAAAAUGCAACAUCGUUGACUCUUUUGGUGACUGAAACCAAGAGAACCCAUUGGGAUCAUCUGUACGAGCAACUAUCAGUGUGAUAAAUGACUGCAUGAAGGCCAAGAUUCAACAGCGCUUACACAAAAUUCUAAUUGUCAGCGAGACUCUUUGGAAACUGAUUUAUUUUUCAAGAUAAAUUCUCCCCAGUAAUCUUUUGGUUCAUUUUCUUGGAGAAUGACAAUCAGGUUGGUUUCUCAGAACUUGCAGUCAUGGAUUUUUCUCAAGGUCGAUUACAUUUCCAGAUAAGGUACUAAAAGUUCCAAGGAAUAGUUAAAGGCAUUUGCUUAAUCUCUAUGAUGCUGUUAUGAUUGUGCCCCUCUGUAUUUUUAAGCACAGCUGUGCUUCUGAUGUUUAUUGUUUUCUUGAGUAGUUAAAGGCUCAAGCAAUGGACACUAUUCCAUCUGUAUCACUUUGAACUCUCUGAAUAAAUGCAAACAUUAGAACCAAGGAAUAACAAAGGCAUAUGCUCAAUCACUGUGAUGCUGUCUAUGGUUGUGCCCAAUGCAUGCACUUCCAAUCGUUAUUGUUUUCUUGAGUAGUUCAAGCGAAGGAACACCAUUCCAUCUGUACCACUGUGAAUUAUCUGUAAAUACAAACAUUCACACAAUUAUUCUUUGCAUUGUGUGCAUAACUGCAUAUGCUAUAGAUGCCAACAUGGUAUUAGUAGUUAGGAGUUUGGAGAUUCAUUGUCUGGAAGCAGCAAUUGAGUGCAUCUGUUAUCUUCUAUGAAUUAUAGGACUCUCUCAAUAAUCAUGUUUAUUGUUGUGCAGACUUUCUGGUAAAUCAGCUUCUAUUAUUAAA